AAUUGACAGCACAGCUCGAAGCUCGAGCCUCGAUUAUCAUCACGGACUUUUAUCCGUCAUUAUUCAGUGGUGCAUCAAAUCGCGAUCCGCAAGGACCAGAGGUUUAAAAAUCUAUUUCAACAUCUAAAUACUGUGAAUCGGUGUCUGCUUAUAAAGUUUAUCAUUUCGUUUCCACUUGGUGGAACCUGUAUUAUCCGCCCUUGCGUUGGUGACUCUUCGUGGAAGUAGCUUUGUGGGAAACUGUUUACUAUCCAAGGACUCCUUCUUCGGAGUUUUCCUAUUACGGGUCCGGUUGGCUAGUUUCUCCGUUGUAGCGCGGAAGGGCUUCGAACUUCUAACUGCUGUUUUCACUUGCGUUUGCACCUUUCCUUGCUUAUUUACACACACACUGUUUAUAAACUAUCCCAUUGAAACACUACCAAAAAUGUCCGUAAUAGCCAAUAAUAUCGAUUACCAGCAGAACGCUGACUUUGACCAAAACAUGGCAUCACCAUCACAAGCCAGUCCACUUGCUUCAGCUUCAUCCGGAAUCGCUACUUCAAUUAGCGGCACUAGUUCCAGCAAUCAGAAAUCAUCUCUAGCAACAGGCUCGGGUGGCAUCACCGAUAGUACUACUCAGGUCCUAACUAAACCCCGCCUACAAGAAUUGGUGCGUGAAAUUGAUCCCACCGAGCAGCUAGAUGAGGAAGUCGAAGAACUCUUGCUGCAAAUUGCGGAUGAUUUCGUGGAGAAUACAGUAAAUGCGGCUUGUCUAUUAGCUAAACAUAGGAAAGUCUCGAAAGUGGAGGUUCGAGACGUUCAGUUGCAUCUCGAACGCAAUUGGAACAUGUGGAUUCCUGGUUUCGGAACGGAUGAAUUGAGACCUUACAAACGUGCAACCGUUACCGAAGCCCACAAACAACGUCUAGCAUUAAUUAGAAAAGCAAUCAAAAAGUAUUAGAUGUACAGAUCGUAAACCGAAUUAUCUUCUACUAUCAUCCCAUUAAAAUAAUUUUUUUUCUCACAUCAUCCGACCCAGCAGAAAAUGUCUCCAGCGGUAUGAAAUCAAAAUAAAACUUUUAUUUAAAAUCAA